AUGCAAGAGUUAUUCGACUUGUCUAUCAAACAUCAUAAAGAUGCUCAAAUUUGGUACGAGGGCUCCAGACCGGAAGUGAAGCAGUUCGCGGCUGAGAAGCUUUUGUGGGAGGAUUUGGGAUGGAAGGAGGACUUUCCUGGUGUCAUCAAACCUCAGAGGAACCCAAUCCAGGUUGAAACACAAGAGGCAAAAACUCGUACGACGACAUCAGUUCCUCCACAUCUGCCAGCUGCAAACGUGGAAUUCGCCCAGAGAUCAGAGAUUUACAAAGAGAAGGAAGCAGAGACUUCAAAAUCACUUUCAAACCCUUCACCGCAAACUUCCAGUUCCAUACACUCCGAUAUCAAAGAUGAGAUCGGUUACAAUCCUCAAAACGCUAAGCCUGACUACUCUCUAGAGUCGCUCCUUAGAUCUCCUAUUCCAGCACACGUCGGCCUGAAGUGGCGGGGAACUAUGAGAUUCAAUGCACCACCACUAUAUGGCAAGAAUGAAGAUGGUCACUCAUAUUGGUCGGUCACCACGCACACAGCGGGGUCAAGUUUUCCACGCACAGGGAAGGAGAAGUACUUUAUCAUCUGGGUAGAGGAUCAACGCCGAGAAAAAUACAUCGACAAACAAACCAAGUAUAAAUUUGAUCGUGCCUGGCACUUCUUGUACUUGUGGGUAUGGGCAAACCAGUGCAAGAGAUUGCCAAGAGAUUCAGAAGACUUCUUGGUUGAUUUUCUCCAAUUAGACGUCCAAAACAAACUAGGGAAAAUUCCAGCUCAACCAAGCCGACCGCCUGCCAAGCUUUUCAAAGCAUCAGCUCUUGAUCUAUCACGAGCUACGGUUCAUCCAAGAUCAUCAUCAAGACCUGGCAGGAUCUCCAGCAGAGACUCCAGGCAGUAUUCAGAUAUGGGAGGUAAUCGUGACCAAUCUCGAUCAAACACCUUGGCGAAUAUUUCCAGUUUUCAGGAUAUUCAGCAAAACAGGAGUCAAGAUGAGGAUUUCAACGAAGUCACCCCAAGUACAAGGAACCGCUCUCAACCCCGAGAUAUGUUGACCCAGACAGAGAGCUUUGUUAGGGAGACUGAAUCUCAAACUCUUUUUUACCGGGGGCGACCUCGCUAG